GUAGCGUCGUCAUCUUCACUGAUAAAGACUUGUGUAAGCCACCCCAGAGCUAGGUCGCGCUGCAAGUUCCACAGCGUGGUGUUUUAUUCUUGAUAGAACUGUCGAGCUGUUCCGGUGUCAAAAAGUAAACUUUCUUUCCGCUCCAUGGAUUCGGCAAAUAUUACAAGCCACUGGCUGCAAAAUGUGAACGGUUUGGGUGGAAUGUACAAUUUCCUUGUGUAUGAUCUGGCUGACCACAGGACGAAGGAUCUACCGCUGUUGCAUAAUCCAAUAUGGAUAGUUUCCUGCCUCGUGACAUAUCUAUUGCUAGUGCUUCACAUAGUGCCAAAGUGGAUGGAAGAUCGAAAGCCGUUCAGACUUAGAGAAAUAAGCAUAAUUUACGAUGCAUUUCAAAUCAUCGGUAGCGGGACGUCAAUUUAUUUGUUCUUCAAGCACGGAUGGAGCUGGGAUUUCUUCUGGGAAUGCAAGGCGCCAGAUUUUUCCAACGAUGUACAUUCUAUCGGAUUUGCCCGGGCGGCGUACUUUACGUAUUUGUUGAAAAUGACAGAGCUGAUUGAGACAGUGAUGUACGCGCUCAGGAAGAAGAACAAUCAAAUUAGUUUUUUCCACGUUUAUCAUCAUUGCUAUGCUGUGAUCACAUCCCAUGGUUUUGCGAAGUACGGAGGGGGAAGCAUGCUCAGUUACACGAUCAUCGUCAAUAGUAUAGUUCAUGUAUUCAUGUACACGUACUAUCUGAGUUCCAUAUUUGCCAAACAGCUACCUUUUAGCUUAGUUCCUAUGAAGAAGGUUAUUACGGUGCUGCAAAUCGUUCAACUAGCAAGCGUCUUGGUUAAUCUUUGCUACGCAUUGAGUGCCACUUGUCCUGUUCCUGUAUUACACUGUCUGUUCCAUGGACCAAAUAUGGCCUUGCAAAUCAAACUGUUCGCUGAUUUCUACGCCACAGCAUAUAAAUCGAAAACACCUGUCGCAAAACUCACCGAUUCGACUGAAGCUAUCACAGACAGUACGCAGCUUGUACACAAACAAAAACAAAUGUAAAAGUAAAAUGUACUAAAAAAUAAUUGUUAAUAUUAAACCUAGUGAUGUUUUUCAACAAUAUCAAAGACAAAUCGAGCAAUUCGUUCUACUCUCUGGACUUAUUCCGACAUUAAUCGAUGUUUGGAAUAAAUCAACAUUUUGUAUCAGCAAUGGAAUAACGAGGUCGACUAAACAUAAGUUACAUAUUACUAUUAUUUAUAAUAAUUAGUACUGCCGGAGAGAUAAUUCGCUUGAAUUGUCUGCUGCGUGAACUUUAUUUCAAAAUUUACAGGCAAAUGACAAAAGAUUGUUUGUUUAUGAAAAUCGUGGAACGAUGACCUUGAUUUCAUAGUGGGUUCUCAGCCUACUCAAUCAGAUUUCUGAUUAUUAGAUUUUAUGUGUUGUUCAGAAUGUCCAUCUAUAACUCAAUAAGUUUAGUGUUAAGCAGAAACUAUCGGGCUUUGUUCAUACAAUUGAUAGUUACAUAAAUUGUAACCAAAAUAUUGUGUAGUGUGUUCUGAAUGCUAAUAUUUACUGUCCGAAUGUAAAAUUUGCCUGGUAGGAAUAAAUACAUGUACUUUGUGAA